AAACUUUUGAAUCCACUUUACCAACUACCAAAGAAGAAAAUCAAGAAAUUAUUGAAAAUUAUAUUCAAACUAGUAAAUAUAAAAUAUUUACUAGUUAUGAAAAGUUUAAAGACUAUUUGCUAGAAGAAGAAAUUAUCAGUUUAGGAUAUACUGAUUAUUCUAAUAAUCAAUGA